GUGUGAAAUAUUUGAGAGUGUGUUUUAGUGUCUUCAGCUGCAGGUGACAAGGAUCAGCCGCUCUGCUGUAGGAAGCGGGUGUCGCUUCAGACAAUCCCAGAAAUAUGUGGAACAAUGUUCAGCUGCUAACAAGCGAUGACACCGGGAGUGGACACGUCAAUUUUGGUUUAAGAAAAGAAAAUGUGACUGCAUUAUACCAAGUAGACUUGCUUGGGAAGAUCUCCUCGGAGAAGGCCUCACCUAGUCCAAAAAUACAAGCAUGCAGCUUAAGUGAUGGAUUUAUAAUUGUGGCAGACCAGACAGUGAUAUUGCUUGACAACAUAUGCAGAUCAGUUCAGUUGCAUCUUAUUUUUGAUACUGACGUGGAUGUGGUUGGCCUGUGUCAAGAAGGAAAGUUUCUUUUGGUCGGGGAGAGAAGUGGUCUUUUACAUCUUAUUUAUGUAACAUCAAAACAAACAUUAUUCACCAAAGCUUUUGUCGAGAAAGCCAAUGAUGAAUAUCAGCAUACUUACCAGAAUCUUAUUAUUGAGAAAGAUGGUUCAAGUGAAGGUACCUAUUACAUGUUGCUUCUAACGAACAAUGGACUUUUUUAUAUUACAAACCUCCAGCUUUCAGAAAUUGAACAGGCAAUUGAAAACACUGACUUGGAUUUGGCCAAGAAGUUGCAAGGACAAUUCAAGUGUAGUUUUAUUUCUACUGAAAAUUACCACAGUCUUGGUUGUCUUAAUCUUGUGGCUGGAGAGUUUGCAAAUGAGACUGCUGUGAUAAUUGGGGGAACUGGUAGCUGUGCAUUCUCAAAAUGGGAACCAGAUUCUACCAAGAAAGAAAUGUCCCUUAAGAACUUUGUGGACACAGAGAUUAUUAAAGGUGUAAAGUCCUUUCAGCUGAUCGACAACCUGCUUUUUGUGCUCGAUACUGCUAACGUGCUAAGCUUAUGGGAUGCUUACACUCUCACUCCUGUAUGGAACUGGCCCUCUCUUCCCAUAGAGCAGUUUCUUCUCACCACAGAAGCGGAUUCUCCCUCGUCAGUCACCUGGCAAGGGAUUGCAAACCUCAAAUUAGUCACUCUGACGACUACAACUAAGGAGAAGAUGAGAAACCUCAUAAUUUAUUCUUUGCCUACGAUGGAAAUACUGUACUCUUUGGAAGUAUCUAGUGUUUCUUCUUUAGUUCAAACAGGAAUUAGCACGGAUACUAUUUAUCUUCUGGAAGGAAUUCACAAGAACGACUUUAACCUGUCUGAAGACUCCGUCUCUGAUUUAGUACUUAGGUACCUUACAGAGGUAUUACCAGAAAACAGACUGAGCCGAUUACUUCACAAGCACCAAUUUGCUGAAGCUGAGAGCUUUGCCAUCCAGUUUGGACUGGAUGUUGAGCUUGUUUAUAAGGUCAAAUCAAAUGAUAUAUUGGAGAAACUGGCUUUGAUUUCUUCGGACACCAGUGAGCAGACCAAAUGGCAGCAGCUUGUAGAAGAAGCUAAAGAAAAUCUCUGCAAAAUCCAGGAUGAUGACUUCGUGGUGAAUUUCUGCCUCAAGGCUCAGUGGAUCACCUAUGAGACCACCCAGGAAAUGCUCAGUUAUGCCAAAGCCAGGCUCCUAAAGAAAGAAGACAAAACCCUGCCUACCUAUUCUGACGGCCUCAUGGAGGUGCUAAAGGCUCAUUCAAAAUUGACAACAUUUUAUGGAGCAUUUGGACCAGAGAAAUUCAGUGGUAGCUCUUGGAUUGAAUUUCUGAAUAAUGAAGAUGUUCUCAGAGAUAUUUUUAUGCAGCUAAGGGAAGGAAACCUUGUUUGUGCUCAGUAUCUUUGGCUUAGAUAUCGGGCUGAUUUUGAAAGCAAGUUUGACGUGAAAAUGCUGGAGAACUUGCUGAACUCUAUUUCUACACAAGUCUCCUUGGAAGAACUUUGUUCAUGGUUUAAAGAUGAUGUGAUCCCAUUUGUGAGAAGGAUUGUGCCUGAAGGACAAAACAUUCUUGCAAAAUGGUUGGAACAAGCAUCCAGGAACUUAGAGUUGAUUGACAAGGCAAACUGGCCUGAAAAUGGACUUCAGUUAGCAGAAGUGUUCUUCACAGCUGAAAAAACAGAGAAAGUUGGAUUUGCAUCUUCUUGGCUCUGGAUUUCCUUGAAAGAAUAUCAAAACACAGAGGAAGUCCGACAGUUACAGAUACUAGUAAACAAGUUGCAGGAACUGAUCACCCUGCAUAAGAAAUACAACUGCAAACUGGCCCUCUCUGAGUUUGAGAAGGAAAAUACGACCACCAUAGUGUUCCGAAUGUUUGACAGGGUCUCGGCGCCAGAGCUGAUCCCCUCUGUCCUUGAGAAGUCUGUGAGAGUUUACAUGCGGGAACACAGUUUGCAAGAGGAAGAGCUUCUUUUGCUUUAUAUAGAGGAUUUACUAAAGAGGUGUAGCUCAAAGUCAGCGACACUCUUUGACACAGCAUGGGAAGCGAAGGCCAUGGCAGUGAUAGGAUGCUUGACUGACACAGACCUCAUCUUUGACGCUGUGCUGAAGAUUAUGUACAAGGCGGUGGUUCCCUGGAGUGCAGCCGUGGAGCAGCUGGUGAAACAGCACCUGGAAAUGAACCACCCCAAGGUCAAAUUAUUGCAGGAAAGUUACAAACUAAUGGAGAUGAAGAAACUUUUGCGAGGUUAUGGAAUACGAGAGGUGAAUCUCUUGAACAAGGAAAUAAUGAGGGUGGUCCGAUACAUUCUCAAGCAAGAUAUCCCAUCUUCUUUGGAAGAUGCUCUGAAAGUGGCCCAGGGAUACAGGCUGUCUGAUGAUGAAAUCUACAGCCUAAGAAUUAUUGAUCUGAUUGACAGAGAACAGGCGGAUGACUGCCUCCUGCUACUGAGGUCGCUGCCUCCUGUUGAAGCUGAAAAAACUGCAGAAAGAGUCAUCAUUUGGGCUCAACUGGCAUUGCAAGAAGAGCCAGACAGUUCUGAAGAGGACAAGGCCUGGAGAAUGUCUGUGACGAAGACAUCGGUGGAUAUUCUCAAAAUCCUGUGUGAUAUCCAGAAAGACAAUCUACAGAAGAAGGAUGAAUCUGAAGAGUUCUUGAAACAAUUUAAAGUGAUUGCAAGCUUACAGGAGAACUUUGAGGUCUUCCUUCCAUUUGAAGAUUACAGCAACAGCACCCUGGUAGCUAGUCUUCGAGAACAGUAUAUUAAGGCACAUGAAGAUGCACAGGCUGAGCCUAAACUCAGGGGACCCCCUGGGCCCACCCCGGCCAGGGGGGAGGAUCUGAGCAUUAGGUCAAAGCUGCACAGACAGGCACUGGCCCUGCAGGUGUCUGCACAAGAGCUGGAGGAAGAACUGGCCUUGAGAGCCUUAAAGGAUGGGAAGGUGGGAGCAGCACUGAGCAAAUGCAGAGACUUACUUAAGUAUUACUGCAAUGCUGACACGGGGAGAUUGCUGUUUCUGGUGUGUCAGAAGCUUUGUCAUAUGUUGGCUAAUGAUGUCCCAAUGACAGCGCCAGUAGGACUAAAUCUUCCUUCUGAGAUACAUGAUCUCGCGUGCCAUGCUGCUACCCUCUGCAGUACAGAUAUUUUGCUGGAUGCUUUAGAACUAAGUAAAUACACUUUAACCGCUGUGGAGCUCUCCAGACAAUGCCAGAUGGAUGACCGUGGAAUUCUGACGAAAGCCACUUUUGGGACACACAAGGAUCCAUAUGAAGAGUGGUCCUACAGUGACUUCUUCAGUGAAGAUGGAAUUGUUCUUGAGUCGCAGGUGGUGCUGCCACUCAUCUAUGAGCUGAUUUCCUCAGUGGUACCCAUUGAAGAAAGCAAAAGACAUCCUUUGGAUUCUACAAGUUUGCCAUACUGUUCUACUAGCAAAGACUUUGGGAAUGAUCUUUACAGCUGUUUCCUCUUUGAGGAAGUGUUUAGCUGUCGCCUGGUGGAUCUGGACUUGGCCUUGGCUUACUGCACUCUCUUACCUCAAAAGGAUGUGUUUGAGAACCUCUGGAAGCUCAUAGAUAAAGCGUGGCAGAACUACGACAAAAUUCUGGCAUUAUCUUUAGUGGGCUUUCAGCUGGCAAAUCUCUAUAAGGAUAUUGAGACAGGACGUCGGUUCCGUGAAAUCAGUAUUGAUGCUCAGUGGGGUAUUCGUCUUGGUAAACUUGGUAUUUCUUUUCAGUGUGCUUUCAGACAAAAUUUCCUCACCAAGAAAGACCUCCUCAAAGCUCUUGUUAAUAACACAGACAUGGACAUAAGCCUCAUUCUGGAAUAUUGCAGCACCUUUCAGCUGGACUCGGAUGCAGCCCUUCAGCUGUUCAUUGAAACCCUGCUCCACAACACUAACAACCAGAACCAGGGUGGUGCCAGCCCGGAGGCCACAAAGCAGCAGCAUUCCAGACUCCUGGCAAAAGCCACUGAAAUGAUUCCCUUACUGGCAAGCACAAAGGAUUUGGUGAUCAGUCUUAGUGAGAUCCUUUACAAGCUGGACCCAUAUAAUUAUGAAAUGAUUGAAGUUGUACUGAAAGUUAUAGAGCAAGCCAAUGAAAAGAUAACCAGUGUGAACGUUAAUCAGGCUCUGAAUCUUCUGAGACACUUGAAGUCAUACAAAAGAAUCUCCCCCCCAGUGGACCUCGAGUACCAGUACAUGCUGGAGCACGUGAUAACUCUACCGCCGGCUGCCCAGGCUAGACUGCCUUUUCACCUAAUAUUAUUUGGCACAGCGCAGAACUUCUGGAAAAUUCUCUCCUCAGAGCUCAGUGAAGAGUCACUUCCAACUCUGCUCUUGAUUUCUAAGCUAAUGAAGUUCUCCCUAGAUACUCUCUACAUGUCUACCGCCAAACACGUUUUUGAAAAAAAACUGAAACCAAAGCUCCUAAAGUUGGCACAAGCCAAAUCAUCAGCCCUGAUGAACAAAGAAGUGGACAGGCUCACGCAGACCAUCGAGUCGUACCUCCUGUCCAUAGUCAACCCGGAGUGGGCUGUUGCCAUCGCCAUCAGUCUCACCCAGGAAGUCCCAGAAGGCCCCUUCAAGAUGACUAGUUUGAAAUUCUGUCUGUAUUUGGCUGAAAGAUGGCUACAAAACAUCCCAUCUCAGGAUGAGACAUGUGAGAAGGCCCAAGCCUUUCAGAAGAAGCUUUAUCUCCAGUUCCGGCGCUCGGGAACUGAAGCCGUGCUAAUAGCCCACAAGUUGAAUGUUCCAGAAUAUCUGAGGGUGGUAGGAAAGCCAGCACACCUCAUCGUGAGCCUCUAUGAACAUCCCAGCAUCAGUGAAAGACUUCGCACUUCAUCUGGCAAAGAUUAUCCUGAUAUUCAUGCAGCAGCUAAAGAAAUAGCCGAAGUCAAUGAAAUUAAUUUGGAGAAAAUUUGGGACAUGUUGUUGGAGAAAUGGUUGUGUCCCUCAACAAUGCCUGGAGAGAAAGCAUCAGAGUUCUUUGGCCUGGAAGAAGAUGAAGCGCUGCACAGAGUCGUCUAUCUCCUGCAGUCUCGUCCGAUUGAUUAUAGUUCAAGAAUGCUCUUUGUAUUUGCCACCUCAGCUACAAGUACACUGGGCAUGCGCCAGUUAACCUUUGCCCACAAGACACGAGCUCUUCAGUGUCUCCUCUAUUUGGCUGACAAGGAAAUGAUAGAAUCUCUCUUCAAAAAGCCCAUUGAAGAAAUGAAAUCCUAUCUGAAAUGUAUAACUUUCCUGGCAUCAUUUGAGACGUUGAAUAUUCCCAUCACAUAUGAACUAUUUUGCAACAGUCCCAAAGAAGGAAUGAUUAAGGGCUUGUGGAAGAACCACAGCCACGAACCUAUGGCAGUACGAUUAGUAGCAGAGCUUUGUUUAGAAUACAAAAUCUAUGACCUACAACUUUGGAAUGGACUCUUGCAGAAGCUUCUUGGCUUCAACAUGAUUCCUUACCUGAGAAAAGUUUUAUCUUCCAUUUCUAGUGUCCAUUCAUUAUGGCAGGUCCCCUACUUCAGCAAGGCCUGGCAGCGUGUGAUCCAGAUCCCUCUGCUCUCAGCCUCCUGCCCUUUGAGACCCAGUCAGUUAUCAGAUUGCUAUGAGAGUCUCAUCGCCAUCCUAGAAUGCCCAGUUUCGGAUGACCUGGACAUGAUGGGAGUCGCCAAGCAGUAUGUCCAGCUAGAGCUUCCCGCUUUUGCACUGACUUGUCUGAUGCUCAUGCCCCACUCUGAGAAAAGACAUCAGCAGAUUAAGAAUUUCCUGGAAUCGUGUGAUGCUCAGAUCAUUUUACAGCAGUUAGAAGAACAUAUGAACACGGGCCAACUAGCAGGAUUUUCAAAUCAAAUUAGAAGUCUGAUUCUGAAUCAUGUCAUAAAUAAGAAGGAAUUUGGAAUUUUGGCAAAGACAAAAUAUUUUCAAUUGUUGAAAUGGCAUAUGAUAAACACCAACAAUAUCACCGAAUUGGUAAACUAUUUGGCAAAUGAUUCGAGUUUAGAUGAAGCAUCAGCUUUGAUAACUGAGUAUUCAAAGCACUGUGGAAAGCCUGUGCCACCAAACGCAGCUCCGUAUGAAAUCCUGAAGCUAGCUGUGUUCGUGUCUGUCAUUGUCUUCUGGCUAGACACUGUCAUGACAAAUACUAAAGAGAAACAGUUUAAAGUAGCCAAGAUUCUAAGAUUGCAGUCCACGGCCAUGGCUCAUUUUCAUACUGUGGCCAGACAAAGGAUGACAUCAAGAUAG